AUGGUGCUGUUGCACACGGGCUUCUGACAGGACUUUUUCCUUGCAGGCUUGGGACUUCAUUAACAUCGCGAAUGAGCUGUCGGAGAUGGGUUUCUCGGACUCCGCCGUCUGCUCCGCGCUACUGGCCAGCAAUUUGGACAAGAUAAGUGCACUUCAACUACUCAUCGGUCCGGACAGCACUGACCCCACGACCAUCCAUUCUACCACCGGAGCUGCCGGACCUCUCGGACCUGGGACCGCUCCUCACCAAUUAACCAAUCAGCACAAUUUGGCCCGUAAGAAUCGCCGAAAAAAGGGUCUUUAUGGCAUGUUCUCCAAGGGCCACUGA